ACUUUUCUAACUAAAUUUUCAUUAAAACAAAUAAUUAAAAAUAAUAUUAGACAUGUUUCUAUUGCACGCUUUCUUUAUCACAUAAAUAGAAUUUGAACUCAUAUAAGAGCAUUGUUUUCCUUUCACUGCUGUUCCAAUUUCAAAACAUACUUCAAAUAAGGCUACACUGAAAUAAAGUAUAAAACCAUGUCUUCACCACAGGUUCGGUCCACGUCAGAUGAGAGUGGAGUCCGCCAUGUUGAGAGCUUACAACAGUGGCACCAGGGCAGCACCUUAUGAGUCCCUUAUGGUCGCUGACAUCGGGGACGUCAAUGUAAAUCUGUACGACCUGAAGGACACCUGCAAACGGAUCACAGAGGCCUACAGGAAGAUCGUGGCUACAGGCUGCAUUCCUCUGACCAUGGGUGGCGAUCACACAAUUUCAUAUCCAAUCCUGCAAGCUGUGGCUGAGAA